UGAUCUAAUGUACGUACGUACGUAACGUGCAUAUCAUGUGUGUUACAUUGCAAUUCUGACUGUACGUGUACUAAACAGAAAACCAUGGAAGGCAAUCGGGAAGACAGUAUAAAAUGCAUUAGAAUCGCCGAAAACGCAAUCGCUACAGGGGAUUACGAAAAAGCCAGAAGGUUCCUGAAUAAAGCACAGAGAUUAUAUCCUUCACAGAGAGCGAAAGAUCUCCUGCUACACCUGGAGAGCCAUGCAGAAGAAAGCAGCUCCUCUUCAUCCACAGACUCUGCCGAGCAACCCGACACGAGAGAACGGCAACGCACAUCCUCGCAGAGCUCCAACGGACCGACACCCAGACAGAGACACACGUCAGGAUCCAGGGAACCAAGGGCCGCUGAGACCAAUGGGGGUGCCAACAGAAGUUACACAGACGAACAGCUGAAAGGAGUUAAUAGAAUAAAGAAGUGCAAAGAUUUUUAUGAAAUCCUGGGUGUACCUAAAGAUGCAACUGAAGUAGACAUCAAAAAGGCUUACAGGAAACUAGCGCUGCAGUUUCACCCCGACAAGAACCAUGCCCCAGGCGCUGGGGAAGCAUUCAAAGCCAUUGGGAAGGCGUUCUCCAUCCUCAAUGACGAAGAGAAAAGGAAGCGAUAUGACAUGUAUGGAGACGAGUCCUCCGAAGUCAAUAACGUAAGACGGCGCCAUCAUCACCACCACCAUCACCAUGGAGGCUUCUAUUACGAAACAAGGGGAUUUGAUGAUGAAGACUUUUCACCAGAGGAUCUCUUCAACAUGUUCUUUGGGGGCGGGUUCCCGCAGGGCAACGUAGCCAGACAUCGGCGGCAGUUCCGCACUCAGACUCACCACCAGCACCAAACUCGAGAAGAGGCACGCUACACAUUUCUUCUGCAACUGCUGCCCAUCUUUAUGCUAGUCAUCAUAUCGCUUUUAUCCACGGCGUUCAUUCAGGAAUCCCCCUAUAGUCUCACUAGGACAGGCUCAUACGUUCAUGAAAGGACUACUCACGAAAAUAAGAUCAAGUAUUUUGUUAAGAAUACAUUUAUCAAGGAUUACUCUGGUCGUAUACAUCUCGUCGAUGAGCGGGUAGAGGCAGAAUAUGUAGACAAUUUACGAAGUAACUGUUAUCGAGAGAGAUUAAAUAAAGAAGCAGCGUUACAACGAGCCCGGUACUUUGGCGACAAAAAAAUGCAUGAGAGAGCUGUUCGGAUGCAGUUAACGUCUUGCGACAAGUAUGAUGAGUUCAGAAGAUUAUCAUGAGGUACCAGGCCAGUGCCUUUUACACAUUUUUUUUAUGUGUUAUUUUAAAAAUAGGUAUUUAAAUAAAGGAGAUUUUUGAGAUACAAGUUAUGAUCAGAUAUGCCUGUAGAGCAGUAAAGGUAAGGUAUGCCUUUAAGUGUAGUCAUUUAUCUUUACACUACAUGUGUGGAAGACGAGAUACAAUAGAGUAAGGGUUAUAACCGUUUUGUUUGCCCCAAACUUGUAUCUCAGAAAUCUCCCCAGACUUUCGAAAUUCUGGAGUAUUUAAUUCUAUCCAGCCUGAUGGAAUGCGACUCAGAAAUGCAAUUUGUAAAAUUCUUGGCCCCAUCUUUCCUAAAUUCUCUCAUUUUAGCCGUCGGAAUACUUAUUUGAAUAUCUGGGACAAAAUUGUACACGUGUGACAUGUCUUUGAGGACAGUUGUACAUGUAUUUCCGUGUACGUCAGGAGGCUGCAUAGAUAUGUGAUAACCCUAACCCUGUUAAAUGCAACAGAAAUGCAACAAAGGUAAAAAGUUGUUGCAUACUGUUGCAUUUAGCUGGCAACUCAAGUCCCCGUGCUUUGUUGCAUCUUGUUGCACGUAGCAGGGUAACUGUUCAUAGUGCCAAGGCAAUACAACAGAAUUUACUGUUUUAUUUGGUUGCAUUUAGCAAGGUAACUGCUGGGUGCCAAGGCUGGUUAUGCACGGUGCAACAGAAUCCACGGUUGCAAUUUGUUGCAUAUAGCAGGGUUCUAUUUCAGCCAGGUUGCAUUUUGUUGCAUGUGGCAGGGUGCCUUGAGAAAACCUGGUGGGGGUUAUGCAAGGACAUGCAUAGUACAGUUUCCUGAUUUUUUUGAUGUCCUCACAUUACACAUACACAUCUUAGGUUUUGUAUAACACAUGCACAUAAAUGUAUACGUCCACAAAUGUCAUGUCCUGUCGUCAGGUCCAUGGAUAUCUAAGGACCUGUACAAACAUUUUUGCAAUUUAUACAUUCACAUACACAUUGUGAGGACAUGUAUUCUUCAUGUCCUCACAAUGUGUAUGUGAAUGUAUAAAUUGCAAAGACUUGUGCAAAAAUGUUUCACAUACACAUUGUGAGGACAUGAAGAAUACAUGUACAUGAAAUGUAUUAGGCACCUUUUCACAAAGUGCAUAUGGGUCAUUCCACCGGGUUGGGAAGCAGUGCAUGUUACA